AUGGUUUACUCAAAUGAGCAACUUUUCGAGAAAGUAGUUGAAAUUAUGAAGCCACUAGACCUUUCUGUGGUUGACUAUGAAGAGUUGUGUGAGAGAAUGAAUGAAGCUAUGCGUUUAGGGUUACAGAAGAGCACUAAUGAAAAAUCAUCAAUUAAAAUGUUCCCAUCUUAUGUUACACGAACACCGAACGGCACAGAGACUGGAAAUUUUCUGGCAUUAGAUCUUGGAGGAACAAAUUAUCGUGUACUUGCAGUAACACUUGAUGGUAAAGGAAAACCACCAAGAAUUCAGGAAAGAACUUACUGUGUUCCGUCAGAAAAGAUGUCAGGCUCAGGGAAAGAUCUUUUCAAAUAUAUCGCUGAGACAUUGGCUGAUUUCCUAGACAAUAAUGGAAUGAGACAUAAGAAAUUUGAACUUGGAUUCACAUUCUCUUUCCCAUGUGUACAGAAAGGUCUCACUCAUGCCACUUUAGUAAGAUGGACAAAAGGCUUCAGUGCAAGUGGUGUAGAAGGUCACAAUGUUGCUGAUCUACUUCAAGUUGCUCUUGAUCAAUUGGGUCUAAACGUGAAAUGUGUUGCCGUUGUAAACGAUACAGUUGGUACUCUGGCUUCAUGUGCCCUUGAGGAUCCAAAAUGUGCUGUAGGAUUAAUAGUAGGAACUGGUACAAAUGUUGCCUAUAUUGAAGAUGCUUCAAAAGUUGAAUUAAUGACUGGUGUAAAAGAACCUGAAGUUGUUAUCAAUACAGAAUGGGGUGCAUUCGGUGAAAAAGGUGAAUUAGACUGUUGGAGAACACAAUUCGAUAAGUGUAUGGAUGCUGAAAGUCUUCAUCCUGGAAAACAAUUAUAUGAAAAAAUGGUAUCUGGAAUGUAUCUUGGAGAGCUGGUCCGUCAUAUUCUUGUCUAUUUAGUUGAACAAAAUAUUCUAUUCCGUGGAAAAUUACCCGAACGCUUACAAGUACGAAAUGCUCUGUUAACUAGAUAUUUAACAGAUGUAGAAAGAGAUCCUCCUCAUCUUUUAUACAACACCUAUUAUAUGCUUACUGAAGAUUUAUCAGUGCCUAUUGUUGAACCAAUUGAUAAUCGUAUUGUACGAUAUGUUUGUGAAAUGGUUGUUAAACGAGCAGCCUAUUUAGCAGGUGCAGGUAUUGCUUGUAUUCUCCGAAGAAUAAAUCGUCCAGAAGUAACUGUUGGUGUUGAUGGAUCUUUGUAUAAAUUUCAUCCGAAAUUCUGUGAACGUAUGACAGAUAUGAUUGAUAAACUGAAACCAAAGCCGACUCGAUUCUGUUUACGUUUAUCCGAAGAUGGAAGUGGUAAAGGCGCAGCAGCUAUAGCCGCAUCAUGUGCUCGAUCCUAG